AUGGAAAUCUGGUACACCAUUCAACCUAAGGUUCACCAGUUUUGUCCAAGUAAAAGUGGUAUCCAAAAAGAGUUUGAACUAAACAGUAACUUUACUAUUUUAGAUUUUUUUGAAGCUCUCGUAACUCCAUUUUUAUUGGGCAAAGUUGCAUAUGAAACAAAUGAAUACUAUAGGCAAAACACUGAAUCACAUAUUAUGUCAUGUCGCAAUGCAAGUUGGUAUGACACUACAUCAGAGGAAUUAUAUUUAUUUAUUUCAGUACAAAUGCUUAUGGCUAGAAAUAAAAAACUUGACAUUUCAGAAUAUUGGUCUACAGAUCCACUACUUUAUUCUCCUAUUUUUGGAAAAAUCAUGAGUAUAAAUCGGUUUCAGUUACUUUUGCGUUAUAUUAAUUUUUGUAAUAAUAACAAUCAAGUCACAAAUGACCGCUUAUUCAAAAUUGAUAUAGUAUUAAAAGACAUAAAGAAUAAUUUCAGAUCUGCUAUGGUGUCAUUUCAAAAUCUUGUUAUAGAUGAGAGUUUGGUGCUAUGGAAAGGGAGACUUUCAUUCAAGCAAUUCAUAAGAACUAAACGUCAUCGGUUUGGAAUAAAAUUUUUUAUUUUGUGUGAUGUAGAAACAGAUUAUAUUUUAGAUUUUAUUAUAUACACUGGAAAAACUACACGUCUUGUUUCGUGUAAUCCUAACUUGGGCCAAUCAGGUGCUGUUGUAAAAACAUUGAUGAAAAGAUAUUUAAAUAUAGGGCAUACUCUAUAUACUGACAACUGGUAUACAUCACCAAUACUUUCAAUGUACUUACAUAAAAAAAACCCCAAUACUUGUGGUACUGUAAGGUAUAAUCGUCGUGGAAUGCUACCAUUCAAAAAAACUGAAUUUCAACCAGGUCAAACUGAAAGUAUACAUACUGAAAAAAUGUUUACAAUAAAAUGGAUGGACUGGAGGGAGGUGCAUAUGCUUACCACGAUACAUGGAGAUGAACAAUUGCCUAUUCAAAAACAUGGUAAAAUAACCAUGAAACCGAAAUGUGUAAAAGAAUACAAUGAAAAUAUGGGAUCUGUGGAUAAGACUGAUAUGUUACUUAGUGGUGUAGAGUAUUUAUCAUUAUUAAAUGCUUACUCAUCAUAUAAGACAGUUACUGGAAAUCAUAUUCCAAUAGCUCAGUUUCAGAUGGAACUAAUAAGGCAGAUAAUAGAAAAAUAUCAAACCGAUCGUCUACCAAAAUCAAGACCACCGACUAAGGACCAACCAUCAAAACUAAUUGAUAAGCAUUUUUCCUCAGAAGUUCCAGCAACACAAUCUAGAAGGCUUGCCAGAAGAAGAUGCCAACUAUGCAAGAAAAAUAAUAAGAGAACUGACACUAGAUACAGAAUGUGA